ACAUCGUGUAAUUUUUGUUGAAGUAGAACUAUGGAUGCGUGGAAAGGUGUUCUCACGUCAAGCCAGCAACCGGUCUACGUGGGACAGUGGACUAACUGGUCCCGUGGCCCUAUAUUCGGCGCGACUUUAACUGUUACCCAACGAGACGGCAAUCUCAUAAUUGCAUUUGCUGCAUUCUUCGUCACUAUCGUGGCAUCGCGCGCCUGGAGAAUCAUUUGCGUGUCCUGUCAUCAAGUCUUUUCAAGCAACAAACCUCAAGACGCCUUAUAUCAUCAACGACAAGUCAUUCUUCGCAACUCAUCCUCACCACAGUCAACAUUAUGGAGUUUAGUACAGCUCGGCUGGGGGCCUAAGGGUUCCUCAAUAAGAAAGGUUGGGAAGACCACAGGACUAGUGUCUCUUGCUCUACUAUGUCUUGCAAGCUUCACUGUCGUGACCUACGUUUUGCCAUACUUGUCUUCAUCUGCAGGUGACGAGGUCUUGCUUCAACCUGGACGGUGCGGGUUCUUAGAUACCUCGCUGAUUACGGAUGCUACAGAAUAUAACGUUAUAGUUCCGCCACUAAUCGCGAACUUAGUCACCAAUGCAGCGAAUUAUGCUACACAAUGUUAUGCUAAUAGCUCGGGAACACUUGGCUGCUCAGGGUUCAUUAAGGAUCGCAUUCCGACCCUUGCUCAAUUCAAUGCGACCUGUCCAUUCCAAGAGGGCGUGUGCCGGGGAAACGCGUCGAAUUUAUUUCUGGACACUGGUUAUGUUAAUUCUCAUGAUCACUUCGGUUUGAACACGCCUUUGAAAGAUAGGAUUUUGUUCAGGAAAACAUUACACUGCGCUCCCUUAGUGACAAAAGGCUAUACAACUACUUUCCAAUCACCCUCUGGGAACUACACUCGCUAUCAUCAUGGAUUUUUCAUUGUUGGCCCUGAGCGCUCUAACAACUCACUUUCAGACGGUCUCUACAUGAUCGAGGACCUUGAAGAUCAGUAUAAGUUCCGCAACGCUCUGGGAGGGUUGUAUCCUAUACCCACUGCGAACUAUCAGAUCGAUUCGUUCGGAUGCCGUGUGGAGAACAGGUCGGCGAUUGAUGGCUCCGAGUACGUUCCGUCAUCUAAGCUUCGUCGGCCUGAUGGUGAUGCUUAUAUUUUCUAUCUUUCUGGGAACGGCGUUCAGUUUACCGAAAAAUCGAUGGACACCUGGUAUAGGGCCAUUAAGCCAACAGCAGCGAUUUAUUCACCAGCCUCCAAUUCUACUCACCAGCCAUUUAUAUUUGACGAGGCAGCGUCUCCUCUGAGCUGUGUAGAGCAACAUCAAUUCUGCUACGAGGCGCUUCCCAAAGGAAAACAGUGUGGGCCGCUAGCUAGUCUAGUCGACUCAUUUUCGGCUGCGUUUGAUAUGAGCCCAUCAGAUGCAGCUCUUGGAAAUCUCGUCUGGGUUAUCGAUCAGACUUCGGGCACUUCUAUAAGUGAAGUGAUCAACACCCUUGGGGCCCACGCACUGACUUCUCAGCGCAAUUUAAUCGCUGGCAAUCAGGGCCCUAUACCUGCAAACCAGUGGCAACAAGAUGUAACCCACUGGUGGGCCACGUCCUUGGCUGUUCAGCAAAGCAACUUUAUUGAGAACGUUGUCGGCCCAUCUGAUGCACGACUUUACCCCUAUGUCACCCCUCCUCAAGACUCUACAGUCUGUUCAAACCAAAAAAUCCGAAACACUGCGUAUACAUCUUUCAGCGUCUUCGGUCUAUACGUUUUGUUUCUCAGCGGGAUAUUACUUAUCAUCAUCUCAUAUUCGAUCGAGCCCAUUCUCUCCUGUUUCCACCGUAGAGGAAAGUAUAGUCAGUAUAAGUAUCUUGAGUGGGUUACAAAUGAAAGCCUUCAGCUGCACCGGCUUGCGCAUGAAGGCAUCGGUUGGGGCACGUGGUCACGGGCCACCGAAGAUGUGCCGAUAACUAAACAGGGCCAGGUCCUGGGCUGCCUAGAUAUCACCGAGCCCCUUCAUCCAAGACUAUACACACCCACAUCUAGUCUUGAAGACGAUGCUUAUAUGGAAGAUAUAUCAAGUCUUGCUCCAGAGCGGCCAAUUUUGACGGAAACUGCACAAAACAUCCAACAACUGAGCGAAGGAAAUGUUGAGUCUGGAAUUCCAUCCUUUACUGCGCAGGAAAGAGGUGAGACUCGGUAUUCAAGGAGAUCCAACUAUUCGGGUACUUCAAUUUCCGCUGAUGUCAUCACGCCGGCUUAUGAACCUGGGCGAGCUUCAAGGGGUGAAAGGAUGUCACUACAUCCAUCACUAAAUACUACCCGAUAGGACGUGUCUCUAUUAUGAUUGCUGGCUCAAUGAUAAGACAUAGCGAUUUUUACGAAUUCAUUGGAUUAUGUUAGCUCUUUUUCUAUUUUCACAUGAGUUGAGGUAUUUGUGUCAGCAAAGACUUCGCCAUAUUUUACUUUUAUACUUGAGUUCUAGCUUGAAGAUAGUCUAUCAACACUUACUUUCAAUGAUCUAUGCCUAAAGCAACUUAAUUCGCAUAGUACUCUUUCGCUUAUUUUGAAUAUAAAUAGCUAACUAUUUUUAUUUAUUGAAAUAA